AUGGGGAAGAUUUCAACACAGCCUCUAUCUCGAAUGCCUUCCAAUUAUGAUGAAGUUUUCAUGCAUCAAACCUUGCUCUUUGAUGAUAGUCUAAAGGAUUUGAAAAAUCUGAGAACACAAUUGUACUCAGCUGCUGAAUAUUUUGAACUCUCGUACACCAAUGAUGACCAAAAACAAAUAUUGGUUGAAACGUUGAAGGAUUAUGCCAUCAAAGCUCUUAUAAAUACUGUGGACCAUUUAGGAUCUGUAGCCUACAAGGUGAAUGAUUUGUUAGAUGAGAAGGUCAAUGAAGUUUUCGGGGAAGAGCUACGUUUAUCAUGUGUUGAACAGAGAAUAAGGACAUGCCAUGCUUUUAUGGAUUAUGAGGGGCAUACACAACAGUCUCUGGUGAUUAGUACUCCAAAACAUCACAAGCGUUACAUUUUGCCAGUUGGGGAGACCUUGCUUGGUACCAACUCAACAAAAUCAAAAUACAUAGGAUGCCACCUAGAUGAUGAAGAUGAUUGGCAGCAUUUCAGGAAUGCUGUUCGCGCUACUAUAAAAGAAACACCAACGCCUACCUCGAGUAAAGGGAAUUCUCCAUCACCUUGUUUACAAUCUCAGAGAGUUGGAGCUUUUUCUUUCACUUCAACUAACAUGACCAAAAAAGAUUUAGAGAAGAGGACAGUUUCACCGCACAGGUUUCCACUUUCGCGAACCGGAUCAAUGUCAAGUAGAUCUACAACACCGAAGACUAGUAGAUCAACUACUCCAAACUCAAGAAACAGAAACGCAACAAGUCCUUCAAAUGCAAGAAUAAGGUAUCCUUCAGAGCCGCGCAAAUCAGCUUCAAUGCGGUUAUCUUCUGAUACAAACAACCUAAAAGAUAUGGAACAACACCCGAGUAAAAGUAAGCGCCUUCUUAAGGCUUUGCUUAGCAGACGCAAAUCUAAGAAGGAUGAUACAUUAUACACUUACUUGGAUGAAUAUUGA